AUGCUGAACUUACAUAAGUGUGAACUUAUCGCAGCUUUAUGGGUGAAUCCGCCUUAUAUCAACUGGAAUAGAACACCUCCAAGUAUUGAACAUUUUGGUGGCACAGAAGGACGAAUGAUCAGGGCUCUGGCUAAAAACAUGAACUUUACUCUUAAAGUUAGAAUUCCACCAAAUGAUGAGCGACGUGGAUUCAUUUUUACAAAUGGAACUCGUACAGGAGCUAUUAAGAUGUUACAGGACAAGGAAGUUCAUUUAAGCCUUGGCUGCUUCAGAUGUACCCUUGAGAGAUCAACUGCACUUAGUCCUUCAUACAGUUACUAUCAGACAAAUCAAGUCUUCUUCGUAAAAGCUCGAACGGAACUCUGGACAACAUUCGAGAUUAUGACGUAUCCGUUUGACUUUUACAUUUGGACCAUAAUGCUAGCAAUCAUUACCACCGCUAUUUUGUUCAGUAUUUUCUUGAAAACUUAUCAACCCAACAUUUUGAUGUUUGUGUUUGGUUCGGAUUCAGGGAAUUUUUUAAAUAUAAUUUCAGCUUGGUUGGGUUGUCCAGUGAUUCCUGAACCGAAGCGCAAUUUUGCCAGAUUCGUUUUGAUACUUUGGAUAUUUACAACUUUGAUACUAAGAAAUGCUUACCAAGGAUUGCUUUAUAAUUUCUUGAGUUCGGAUCUUGCAAAAAUUCCACCAGACAAAGCAUCGCAAUUAGCAAAACAAAACUAUCUUGUAAUAGUCAGCUAUUCCAGCAAUGAUACCCUCUCACAACUUCCGAUCGUUCGAAAUGGAUAUUUACGUCUGAAGGUGGAGAAUAUUAGCGAGAAGGAAAAUUUUCCGAUUUUGGAGAAUACUAAUACCAGAAUUGCAUCUUCACUGCCACAAGAUUUUUUGAGCUAUUACGUACGACAGACAAGAAAAUAUGGAGUUUUUCAUGUUUUAAAUGAAGUCAUAUUCACUCAUCAAAUCUGUGUGUACUUUACAAAACAUUCUUUCCUAACAACCCGAUUUAAUGAGGUUUUGAAAAGCUUGCAAAGUUUUGGCUUGAUCAAGUAUUGGGCAUCUAGAAAUCUUGCUGAUGACAUGAUAGAACGUCAAUUUGAGGAGCCUAGUGAAGAGAUAACUUUGACAAUGCAUCAACUUGAUGGUGUGUUUUUGUUGCUUUUCGUGUGUUUAUUUGGCGCAAUUGUGGUGUUUAUUGUGGAAAUUAUGUCUCUCAAAUAUCAAUUUCUUAGUCAAUGGCUUGUGUAA